AUGGGCUUAUUCUUCAAUAUCUCCUUGGCCGUUUUCGCGGCCACAGGAUCAUUCCUGUUCGGCUAUGACUCUGGUGUCAUGACCGAUGUGAUCCAAUCACCGCAUUUCCUCAGCUUCUUCGAUACCUACAAAACAUCCCCUAUAAUAGGCGCGAUCAACUCCACAUUCUCCGGCGGGGCUGUAUUCGGAAGCCUUAUGGGCGGUCUCACAAUGGACCGUUUUGGUAGAAGGAAAACCAUCCUCAUCGGAGCGACCCUCGCAUGUAUCGGUGCUAUCCUUCAGAGCGCAGCGCAAGCUCUCGCGAUGAUACUUGUCGGACGUAUUCUGGCUGGUUGGGCCGUCGGCGUGCUCUCCAUGAGUGUACCUGUUUACCAGACCGAAUGCGCUCACCCAAAUAAUCGAGGAUUCAUCGUUGGUCUAGCCCAGCAAAUGAUCGGAGUGGGCUUUAUCGUAUCCACCUGGGUCGGUUAUGGUUCCAGCAAAGUCCCAAAGACAAGCUCAUUCUCUUGGCGGUUCCCUCUAGCCUUCCAGGCUCUACCGUGCGUCAUUCUGAUGGCCGGCAUCAUGUUCUUCCCCGAGUCCCCUCGGCAUCUACUGGAGAAAGACAAAGAUGAAGAGGCUAUGAGGGUGCUCCGAAAGCUGCACUUUAAUGGUCAGAAUGAAGAUUGGAUACAGUCUGAAUUCCACGAAAUUAAGACCACCAUCGCCGCUGAGAAAGCUAUCACUGCACCCGGUUGGCGCAUCAUGUUUACCGUUAAGCAAUGGCGUCUCCGUCUCAUGCACGCAACCCUCAUGCAAGUUUUUACUCAGAUGACCGGAAUCAAUGUUAUUAACUAUUACCAAACAAUCAUGUACGAACACCUUGGCAUCACAGGUGGUCGCAAUUUGUUGGUUACCGGUAUCUACAAUUGCGUUGGACCUAUAACCAAUUUUAUCUUCAUUUCGACCAUGCUGGACCGUGUUGGUAGGAAGAAACCCCUGUUGUUCGGUUCGGUUGCAAUCACAAUUGCUCUUGUAUGUGAGGCCAUUCUCAACUCUCAGAACCCUGGUGGCAAAAAGGAAGGACUGUCCAUUGGUGGCGUGUUCUUCAUAUUCCUGGUCACAGUGAUCUUCAGUGUCUCUUUCGGCCCAAUUAGCUGGGUCUACGCAAGCGAGAUCAUGCCUAUGCAAAUCAGAGCUCGCGGAAGCGCUUUUGCAACUGGGAUCGGUAACUGGCUUGUAUCCACGAUUUGGAGUCAGGUCUCGCCCAUCGGGCUGGGUGACAUUAGUUGGAAGUUUUACUUUGUGUUCGCGGCUUUCAACGUCUGCGUUACGAUUCCAACGAUUGCCUUGGCUUUCAAGGAGACGAAGAAGCUAUCUCUCGAGGAGAUCGACCUGCUCUUCUCGGAUGGCCGCGCUCUUGGAACCUUGCCGGAGAACAUCCAUGAGGUCAAGGAAGUGCCAGAGAUCUUGACCCAUCACCAAAGCAAGGUUUGA